AAUUACGGUUUUGCAGCACUACUAUAUUUUCCUCUGAAUUUCGCCUGAGGAGGUGAUCGUCACCUCACCUCCUUCGGAAUAACACCACACCAUCCCCUUUUCUCUCUCCCAGAUCGGAAAAUUUCAAAAAAGGAAAAAAAAAACAUCUCCUUCUUCCUAAAGAGCUCCGAUGGCGUCCGACAGUUUCACCGACAAGAACGUUGUUUUCAGGAAACUCAAAGCGAAAUCAGAAAACAAGAUGUGUUUUGAUUGCAAUGCUAAGAAUCCUACAUGGGCAUCUGUAACAUAUGGGAUCUUUCUCUGCAUCGAUUGCUCGGCAGUUCACCGGAGUCUCGGUGUCCACAUUAGCUUCGUCAGGUCUACAAAUUUAGACUCCUGGUCUCCAGAGCAAUUGAGGAUGAUGAUCUAUGGGGGAAACAAUCGUGCUCAAGUUUUCUUUAAGCAGCAUGGAUGGACUGAUGGAGGCAAAAUUGAGGCCAAGUAUACUUCAAGAGCGGCCGAUUUAUAUAGGCAAAUACUUUCCAAAGAAGUUGCCAAAAGUAUGGCAGAAGAGGCAGGUUUGCCAUCUUCACCUGUUGCUUCUCAGUCAUCACAAGCUACCAAUGGUCCAACCAAUGGUCUUCCUGAUAUCAAGACCACCGAAGCUCCAAAAGAAAGUACCUUGGGCAAGCAUGAAACGCCAGGGAUAUCUGCAUCACCAAGAGCUUCUCAUCCAGUUGUUUCUAACACCGUCAAGAAGCCUCUUGGUGCAAAGAAAACUGGGAAAACUAGCGGGCUUGGUGCCCGAAAGCUUACUACUAAGCCAAAUGAAAAUCUUUAUGAUCAGAAGCCUGAAGAACCAGCUAUUCCAGUUGCUUCCUCAACUAAUAACAAUUCCCCAGUUGGUUCAUCUUUUGCGUCUCGCUUCGAGUAUGUAGAAAAUGUUCAAUCUCAUGAGUUGAGCUCUGGUGGUCCACAAGUGCUUGGCCAUGUAGCUCCUCCAAAAUCAUCAAGCUUCUUUGCAGAUUUUGGAAUGGACAGUGGUUUUCAUAAGAAAACAAGCUCAAAUUCUUCAAAAGUGCAAAUUCAGGAAACUGAUGAGGCCCGGAAAAAGUUCUCAAAUGCAAAAUCUAUUUCAUCAGCACAGUUUUUUGGUGAUCAGAACAAAGCAGCAGAUGUCGAAGCUCAAACUUCUUUGCAGAAGUUCUCGGGUAAGUCGGCCAUCUCCAGUGCAGAUCUUUUUGGCCAUGAGCCUGAUAACAAUUCUCUUGACCUUGCUGCUAGUGACCUCAUAAACCGACUCUCUUUCCAGGCACAGCAAGACAUCUCUUCCCUUAAAAACAUAGCAGGAGAAACUGGAAAGAAGCUAAGCUCGCUGGCAUCCUCUCUCCUAACAGAUCUCCAGGACAGAAUCCUGUGACAUGGUGCCUGUAGGGUCUACAAAAUAUCCAAGGUGUUACGUUACAAAUUACCAGCCGAUAUCUUGUGCAGUGCAUAUAAUUAAAGAGAUUUAAUGAUAAAUUCUUUCACAUGACAAAUAAAAUUUCGAAAUGCUCCAGGCUUAGAGGCUGGUUUUCAUAUUUUGUAGUGCUGAGGUUUGUUUUGGGAUUGGAUUAUGAGUUUAGCCUUUUCAUUUAGUGAUUGUAGUAGCUCUGCAUCUCUUUGUAAACCAAGCAAGGUUUUAGUAGGAAUUUGAUAUUAUGAACUCUGUUUAUUAAAUUCCAUCAAAACAUGUUACUGAGUUUCAAUAUACCAUAUUAUUAAAU